AAUUGAUUCGAUUAUGAAAAGGUGUCAAUCUAGUCGAUUUAAUUGAAAAAGUAAUUUUAUACCGUGAAAAUGAGUCCGCUAGAAAGUCUUCGUCGAAUUUUGACUUGGCUUUGUGUCUAUCCUGGAGAGGGAAUUAACAGUGAAUGCAGGAGAAUUGUGUUUAUUUCGUGUGUUUUUAUUUUAAAUUUUAUUGCUUUAGUAGGCAGUAUUGCCUACUUCUUAAGAUUUCUAUCGACCAAUUUGGAACUGUCUCUGUACGCAUUGUAUCAAAUUACUGCUAUGUUACCAUUUGAUGUAACAAUCGUAGUUGCAUUUAGCAUGCAAAACAAAAUUGAAUGUAUUUUUCGGAAAUUGGAAGACAUAUGCAGUGAAUACGGAAAUGGCAAAUUGUCUGGAUUUUUGGAACAUGCAAAUAACAAAAGUGAAUUGUUUUGGCGAAUUUUUUUCAAAUAUGUUAUGAUUGGGUAUUUCAUAAGUUUGACACUGGAAGCAACAAUUCCAGUAUUAUCUAACUGGUCGACAGAGGAAAGUUUCAACGCUGAAUAUUUGUAUAAUGCAUAUAGACUUGUUCUACCCUGGAAUCAAACAACACCACUUGGAUAUUUCGGCGAAAUGUGUUUCGUCCAAAUCUUCGCUCAAUGCUACUUGAUUUUCAACGGUGCUGUUAUCAUACUCUUCAUUUCACUAUCUUGGUAUCAUCAGGCUUUUUAUAAAAUGUUUUACCAUUCUAUGCAACAAUUUGGUGAUCCGGAAAGAGGUCAAUAUGAUAAAGAAAUACUUUGCAACUUAAUCUGUUUUCAUACAAAAAUCAAAGAUUGCUUCUUGAUAUCGAACCAGUUUUACAGUCUUAUUACAUUCGUUCAAGUUCUGUUCACCAUAUUCUCUUUGGCUUGUGGUAUUUUUCAAUUUGAUUUGCAUAUGAUCCGAUCAGAUUAUAUUGGAAGUGUGUUUUUUCUGGUGGAAUCGAUCGCAUGUUUAUCAAUAGUGUUUUGUUUCUGUUACAAUGGACAAAUCACAAGCGAAUGUUUUGGAAGGUUGUCCGAUUGUUUUUACCAUAACAAUUGGCCAAAUGCGCCAAUAGAAUUGCAAAAAUAUAUAAAAAUUAUGAUCAUGAAUGCUCAAACUCCAAUCUAUUAUCAGGGAUGUGGAAUUGUCGUUAUGAAUUUGGAAACAUUUCGUAAAACAUUGAGAAAUGUUUAUACUUAUGUUAUGCUGUUCAAAACGAUGACCCCAAACUAA